ACUUUAACGAAAAGGUGUGACCAGAUCAAUUGAAUUGAAUUUCAUAAUGCGCAAUGCAAGUUGGACGAUUUUUGGCAAAUAAGUUUGUUUUGUUUGGCGGUUUUCGAUCAGCAUUAAAGUUAUUACAAAUGAAGCGCACGAAAACUAGGAGCGCAGCCGGCGCUGGCAAAAAAAAGUUGAUAAAAGACGAAAGCAGCAGCGAUGAUGAGGAAACAGUUCAAGUCCAAUCUCCAACAGAAAAGUCCAAACUAAGCUACAAAAACUUUGAGCAGUUCAUCAGUCACAUGCAGGAGCAACGCAUUGCGUCCGCAUCCAAUGUCCAUGAAUUUGCCUUCAGGAAGAGACGGGUGCACGUCCUAAGCAAUGCAGCUGAUGUGAAGGAGCAGUGCAAAGGCGGCGUUGUCUAUUGGAUGUCGCGAGAUGCUCGCGUUCAGGACAAUUGGGCGCUUCUCUUUGCACAGCGUUUGGCACUCAAACUGGAGCUGCCACUGAGUGUGGUCUUCUGUCUGGUGCCAAAGUUUCUAAAUGCCACAUUGAGGCACUACAUGUUUAUGCUGGGCGGCCUGCAGGAGGUGGAGCAACAGUGUCGUGAUCUGAACAUCUCUUUUCAGCUGCUGCUGGGUCCAGCGGUGGAGCGACUGCCGGCCUUUGUGGUUGCCGAGGAAAUCGGCGCUGUGGUCUGUGACUUUGCGCCUCUGCGGUUGCCUCGCCAGUGGGUGACAGACGUGGUCAAGGCUUUGCCGCGCAAUGUGCCUCUCACCCAAGUCGAUGCACACAACAUUGUGCCGCUCUGGGUGACCUCGGAGAAGCAGGAGUAUGCAGCGCGCACCAUCCGCAACAAGAUCAAUUCAAAAUUGAGUGAAUAUCUGACCGAGUUUCCGCCUGUCAUCAAACAUCCACACGGCAAUGGACAAAAGGAUAAGCCCGUUGACUGGGCGGCCGCAGAGGCGCUGCUGACAUGCGAUCGGAGCGUCGAUGUGGUGGAUUGGGCCAAGCCCGGUUAUACAGCUGGUAGUCGCCAACUCUACGAGUUCUGCACGCGCCGCUUGCGUUAUUUCGAUGAGAAACGCAAUGAUCCCACAGCCGAUGCACUUUCUGGACUCUCGCCUUGGCUGCACUUUGGCCAGAUAUCGGCACAGCGCUGUGCAUUGGAGGUGCAACGAUACACCUCAAUGCAUAAGGCAUCAGCGGAUGCCUUUUGCGAAGAGGCCAUUGUGCGCCGCGAACUGGCAGAUAACUUUUGCUACUACAACGAGCACUACGAUAGUUUGAAGGGUCUGCAUGACUGGGCUUAUCAGACCCUGCAGGAGCAUCGCACGGAUGAGCGCAAUCCGUGCUAUUCGCUGGAGGAAUUGGAGCAGUCACGUACAUACGAUGAUCUUUGGAAUUCGGCUCAGCUGCAGCUGGUGAAGGAGGGCAAAAUGCAUGGAUUUCUGCGAAUGUAUUGGGCCAAAAAGAUACUCGAGUGGACGGCGACGCCGGAGCUGGCUUUGGAGUAUUGCAUACUGCUGAACGACAAGUAUAGCCUGGAUGGUCGCGAUCCCAAUGGCUAUGUGGGCUGCAUGUGGUCCAUUGGUGGUCUUCACGAUCAGGGCUGGAGGGAGCGUGCCAUCUUUGGCAAAAUACGCUUCAUGAACUAUCAAGGCUGCAAGCGGAAGUUUGAUGUUAACGCCUACGUGAUGCGCUGGGGCGGUAAAGUGCACAAGAAGCAAGAAAAAUGAAACAGAUUAUAUGUGUUCUUAUUCGAAUUGGAAAUAAUAAAACAUAG